AUGUCUGAAAAAGAUCUUAAAAUAAAAACUGGAGUUUUGAAGCGUUAUGUACAAGAAGCAAAUUCUUAUAAGACUGAAGUACAAAAACAAUCAAGCAAAAUUAAUUCAUUAAAAGAAUCUCAAGAGCCUGAUGAAUAUAUGAUUAAAAAGGCUGGUGAAGUUUUACAAGAAAGUAAACAAAUGUUUAGUUUAGCUUCAAAAAAUGUUCAAAAAGCACGUCUUGAACUUGAAUCGUUGCUAACAUCUUAUGGGGAAGAGAAGAAUGACGAAUUGAAAACUAAUGCUCAACAAAUGAUUCAAAAAGCUUUGGAAUUUGAAAAUAACAAUGCUGCUUAA